AUGCCCCUCCGCAAACAAACCCCUCCCGGCGUCCCUUCAGCUCUGUUGACGAUCUCCACGAGCUGCCCCUACUGCACCGCAGGCCGCGCCGCCCGAGACCGCAGCAGCCCGCUCAACCGCCUCAGACGUCUCUUCAAGCGCCGCCGCAGCCGCUCCAUCGCGUCUCCUUCCUCCGUGUGCCACGCGUGCGGGCUGUCGGGUUUCCUGAACGUUUCUUUCCAGGAGGUGAAGUACGACGUCGAGCGCGGGGUCGUCGUCGACUCCGAGGACCAGCAGCUCGUCGGCCCCGCGAAUGAGACCCUGGGCGAGGCGCUGGACGACGACGCCGCGAGCGACUUUACUGUUCGCCUCCACGGUCUCGAAGUGACCGCCUCGAGACGUCCCACCGGCUCGGAUCCAGGCUUUGUUGAGGACUGGGUCUCGGGGCAGCGCAGCGACGUCGUCAAGCGGCGGCGCUGGGAGAGAUGGCAGCGUUGGUCCCGGCAGAAGCUGGUUCGCGCCAAGCCUAGUAGACGCCGGCCGAAGCAGCGCCGCGCGGGUCUCCUUGUGCCUCGCCAGUUGGAGACCAUUCCCGAGGACGAGGAGCCGAUUUUCAUGCCGCGGCCCCGUCUAAUCAUUGAGUAA